UCAGCGGAUAUACCACCAAAAACAAUCAAUCCAAGAUGUUCAAGUUUUUCGCUCUGUGCCUGUUCGCCCUGUUGGCCGUUGCCUGUGGCAAGCCGCAAUUCCUGACCGCCUACAGUGCGGCCUCGCCUGUCGUGGCUGCCACGCCCUACGCCUACUCGGGCGGACUCUACGCACCCACGUACAGCGCCGCCUACACCAGCGGCGUCUAUGCCACGCCCUACGCCUACGGAGCCUACCCCUACAGCUCGCUCUACCUGAGACGCUGA